AUGCUAUUGAGUUUCAACUACACACUGAUGAAGAGGCAGUUGCCUCAAAUUGUCAGGAGUGUCAGGAGUGUCAGGACUUCUGCAGACAAACUAGGUAGAUUUCACUCAUCCCUAGUUGUCAGGAGUGUCAGGACUUCUGCAGACAAACUAGGUAGAUUUUACUCAUCCCUCGUUGUCAGGAGUGUCAGGAGUGUCAGGACUUCUGCAGACAAACUAGGUAGAUUUCACUCAUCCCUAGUUGUCAGGAGUGUCAGGAGUGUCAGGACUUCUACAGACAAACUAGGUAGAUUUCACUCAUCCCUAGUUGUCAGGGGUGUCAGGACCUCUACAGACAAACUAGGUAGAUUUUACUCAUCCCUAGUUGUCAGGAGUGUCAGGGAUGUCAGGACCUCUACAGACAAACUAGGUAGAUUUUACUCAUCCCUAGUUGUCAGGGGUGUGAGGACCUCUACAGACAAACUAGGUAGAUUUCACUCAUCCCUAGUUGUCAGGGGUGUGAGGACCUCUACAGACAAACUAGGUAGAUUUUACUCAUCCCUAGUUGUCAGGGGUGUCAGGAACUCUACAGACAAACUAGGUAGAUUUUACUCAUCCCUAGUUGUCAGGGGUGUCAGGAACUCUACAGACAAACUAGGUAGAUUUCACUCAUCCCUAGUUGUCAGGGGUGUCAGGAACUCUACAGACAAACUAGGUAGAUUUCACUCAUCCCUAGUUGUCAGGGAUGUCAGGACCUCUACAGACAAACUAGGUAGAUUUCACUCAUCCCUUGUUGUCAGGGGUGUCAGGAACUCUACAGACAAACUAGGUAGAUUUCACUCAUCCCUAGUUGUCAGGGGUGUCAGGAACUCUACAGACAAACUAGGUAGAUUUCACUCAUCCCUAGUUGUCAGGGAUGUCAGGACCUCUACAGACAAACUAGGUAGAUUUCACUCAUCCCUAGUUGUCAGGGGUGUCAGGAACUCUACAGACAAACUAGGUAGAUUUCACUCAUCCCUAGUUGUAGAUUUCACUCAUCCCUAG